GUUCCCCCACCACUGCCACAGUGCAAAAAGGACCCGACCAUUGAGAUAAUUGACCUAUAUCUUGCGCCGGAAGUGGCAGCCGAGAGCAAUCAAUUGCCUGACGAAAAAUCCCUGCUUGAGCCCUCUAAAAGUGCAUCUAAGAAGGACACAAUCCCGGAUUACACUCAAAAGCCGUCGGAAGGAAAGGAAUUGGAGGUAUUUAGAAUUAUAUGCCAAGACUACUCCACUGAGGACUCAGAGGACGACGAAGGGCUAAUUUUCGAGGAAAGUGAAACCUGGGACCCUGGCUAUGCGCAUAAUUUCCACCUAGGUCAUAGUGAAUGUUGGUGGAACACCAACAUUGAGGAAGAAAUGUUCUAUGACACUAGAAUCGACCCUGAAGACCCCGAAUGGCUGUUACCUUUGGACGACGACGCAGAAAUGGAUUGGGAUUACUAA